AUGACUAAGCUCCCGGCCCGCUGGAAGACACUGACUAAUGACAUCCUAAUCAAUUAUACCAUCACCUCGCUAACCCUCUCCUCCGACCGGCUCAUCGCCCUGGCGGGCGUCGUCCAAGGCAUCAAAGACCACACCGGUCUCACAUAUCUCCAGAGCUCGGGCACGUGGAAGCAGUUCUGGCCACUGGACCUCCUCUGGAACUUCGGGCAAGUCCUAGCGCUGCGUUUCCCCUCCGACACUGGCGCGCCGUCGUGGUCGUGGGCGGCAACGGAAGGGGCCAAAGGAGCGAUUGACUGGAGGGAUCUCACGGAAGACACUCUGGGAUAUGUGGCGCGGCUUGUUGGGUAUAAGGAGGAAGGACAGGAAAAACAACAAGAGAACGAACCAGAAGUUCCAACAUCGGAACCCCACAAGAAAAAGACAAGAACUAUCGUCCUCGUCAAAGGCCACGUCAGAAACGCCGUGGUCUGGAGUCCGUAUCCAGGGUGGGGCGAGUAUCGCGUGAAACCGGAAGGCAAGAGUGAGGGAGUGGUAGUUCGUUGGGAUAAAUACCAGACUGAGGAGAACCUCGAGGGGGCAGACCAAGAUGAUGAAGACUUUUAUGGAUCAAAGUCGUGCGGCUCUCUCAAGCUUUUGCUCCUGCUUGGAUAG